AUUACCAGUCCAGGAGUGUUCGUCACCUGCGUUCGAGGAAAAGAAAAACAGUCCGUAAGCGAACUAUACGACGUCUUCGAAGCAAUCGCAGCAGAUUUAUGGCCCGAGACGACAGAGUCUACAACAGAAGUGUCAGACUCGGGGGAGAACGAACCUGACGCCAAUGUCAAUGCCAACACCGACGCCGACGUCGAGCUCAACAUAGAAGCAGAGAUAGCACGCGAACUUCAAGCACUUAAGCGGCCUAGGAAAGAGAAACGGUUCUCCAACGUUCACACAGAGACUCCCUGCCUCCUAUUCAUCGCCUGCCGUCCCCCAAUCUCCCCAACUCAACUAUGCCAUGCCUACCUCUCAUCCCUCUCCUCCCAACCCCCGAGGACGCGCUACGUCAACCGCCUCAUACCCGCUGAAGGUGUGUGCGCUGCCAAUAUUCCUGAGAUCGUAGCUCUAGCGAGGAGGGUCAUGAAAGGGACGUUUGAUGCUGGGAGGGCGUAUAAGGUGUGUUUUAAGAUCGAGCUCCCGAUAAUCAACAACACGAAGCUCUCGCGCGAAACGCUCAUCCCCCCGCUCGCAGCGUGCGUCCCGGGGGAAGGGCACAGCGUCUCCCUCUCCCACCCUGAGCGUGUCAUCCUCGUGCAAGUGUUCAAGGCCUGGUGCGGUGUGAGCGUGGUGAGCGAGUGGGAAGCAUGGAGGAGGUGGAACGUUAUGCUUCUUGGAGAGGAGAGGAGACUGGAGAGAGAGAAAGAGGAGAAGGGGAGAGAGGAGGAGAUGGAGAGAGAGAGAGAGAAGAUGCAGGCUGUGUGGGACGAGGACGAGGACGAAGAGGUGAGGGAGCCAGUGUUCAAGGAGGAACUGCAGACGAUUGACGAGUCCGAAGGGGAGUAG